CGUAUAUAAAGCGAUUGCACAAAUAGCAGGAAAUAUCAGAGUAAAGAUGGCCACUCACCCGUCAACAAGCUUGUUCGUUGUUGUUCUAUUGGCGGUCGUUGCGAACGCUGAGAAAAUUUCCGAAUUGGCUAGCCCUGGUGGCCUCACAUACAGCAUUAUCAGCAAUGAAAAGCUAUCAUGGUUCGAUGCCACCUCGUUCUGUCAGGCCCGCGGCUGGGAAAUCGCUAGCCUUACCGUUGUAGAAGAAUUUGAUUACGUGGACGCACAGCUCAUCGGAAGAGGAAUCAGGAAUGAAAUGGUCUGGGUUGGCGGCACUGAAAUUGGGUUUGAAGACAACUAUUACUGGGUCACCACCGGUGCAUCUGUAGAUCUCAACAAGUGGGACCCCACGGAAGUUGUCAACGUAGCUCACAAAUGCUUGGUGAUGAAUAAAGGAUUUUGGCGACACAAUGAUUGCUCAGCCAAGGGCUACUUUGUCUGUUUGCAACCCGCAGAAGUACCACCAACACCAUAAGAAGGAACACGUAACAAUAAGGUGCGAUCUGCAGUCAGACGAUCUUAAUUUUGCUAUGAAAU